UGCUCGGUCCGAGGAAACCUGCCGCUCACGCCAGGUGCGCCACUGAACCGGCCGUUUGUGCAUUAGGACCCGGGGGACGCCGAGCCGUUCUCUGCGAACCAAGAAUUGAGAAGAAACGAGACGAAGAGAUAGAACUACACAGGCGUGCACGCUGCGCGCGCUCCAGCAGUAGCGCACUUUUGCUCAGCGACACUCAAACCACUCCGAGUUUUUCCCUACUUCUUUCAGUUUGUUUUAGCAAUAAAACAGUUAUCAGGCUGUCAUCUAAUUAAUAAUUAUGGGGACUUCGCUGUCUGCUCCUGAUCAGGAUGAUGAUUUUGAGGAUCUGGCAGCCCGAACAGGAUUUUCUCUGGAGCAGAUUGGGAAUCUGCACAAGCGCUUCAAGCAUCUUACCAACAAUCAGAGCACAUUGAGAAGAGAGAACUUUGACUCUGUUACAGACCUGAUGUGGAACCCAAUUCGCUCAGAAAUUAUUGAAGCUUUCUUUGACACAAGAAACUUUCAGCCCGGAGGCACAGGGUCUGUCCGGGAGAUCACCUUCGAAGAGUUCCUCAUCGUCAUGUCCCACUUCAGACCCCCGGAGCUAAACAUGACAUCAGAGCAACGGGAAAGCCUGCGAACAAAGAAACUCCGCUUUCUGUUCAACAUGUAUGACAAGGACAAUGACGGGAAGAUCACACUCCAGGAGUACAGGCAUGUGGUCGAGGAGCUCUUGUCACGCAGCGGCACAAUAGGCAAGGAUACGGCAAAGGACAUCGCAGACGCAGCCAUGCUGGAGGUGGCCAGCAUCACCGUUGUUCACAUGGAGCCGGAUGAAUUCUAUGAAGGAAUAACUUUUGAACAUUUUGUAAAGAUUCUGAAAGACAUCGAGAUUGAAUCGAAGAUGUAUGUCCGCUUUUUAAAUAUGGAUACCACGACUCUGUGCAAAUGAAAAGUCUUCUCUUCAGAAGACUGGUAAACACUGUGGAGUUGAGCAGAAGCUCAACUGUUCACCUUGUAUGUGUGUGUGUGUGUGUGUGUGUGUGUGUGUGUGUGUGUGUGUGUAUGGAGGGGACAGCAACCAGCAACACUACUGAAACACAACAAUCAUUCAGCAAUUUAAUUUUUGAAUGCUUCUUGAUUGUCUAUCCAUUUAUGUAUGCAUAAAUAUGCAAAAUAUGCACUUCUGAUCGAUUCUACUUUACUGUCUGCAAAUAAUCAGAUUUGAUCAAUAAAUGAGCAGUUCUAAUGCAAUGCUGUAGCAGAUAAUCACACAAGGUCAUGUAAAAGAUUAAACACAUUUGUGUGAGUCAUACUGGCUGAAUGCUUUCCUCAGUACGGUGUUUGUUUUGGGAUAAAUCAGCCCUUUGUGUGUGUCAUGUGUUCUGCUAAACUUAAACUAUGCAGAGAGACACCCUGGAAAUAUGAUCUUUUGUGUCAAUUCAGUCUGUUGUUAACUUAAUCUCUGUCUGUAGGCAACUGAUGAAAUAAGAAUGUAAUGCUUCAAAGUGUCGGCUCACACGUCAAACUGUUGAAAAUGAAAUUAUUAAAGAUCAGCAUGUCUGCGCUAAACUAUGGAAGUGUAAAUUUGGCCAAUUUGUGAACUGAGAAACAAAAUGUGUUGAAAAAAUGACAUUUUGAUGUGAAAGAGUGGCCCAUGUGAGAAGGCCUUGAGGAGCUCAGCUGAGCUGGUGUAGAGACCCACUGAAGUGGCCGAUCCUCCUGGGAGGAACUCAAAGGAAUUAAUGAAGGAAGGACAUG